AUGGCAGAUACGUUUGCUACACGGAUCUCAUCAAGAACGUCAAAGUCGUAUCUCAAAGAAGGUAUCUCUAACCUUCCAAACAGUCCGUUAGGUGCUACACCUCGCCCAGGUCUUAGGCAGCAUUACCCACCUCCACCACCCCCCAGCGAGUACAAGAUUACUUACUCUUUGAGUGAGUGUAGUGUAGCGUAGUUCCUCUCCUCACUUCACCACUCUUGACUGAGUCUCAUUUCCUUACUUUUAUUAACUAGCAUAAAUUAAACUUAUACAAAAGUAUACCUUUGUGUGUGUUAAACGAUUUGGUUAAACCAGGAUACACGGAACUUUUGAGUAAAAAUUUGAUUAAUAAAGAAUCACUUCACUAUUAGCACAGUGCUGAGUGUUGUUUCCAUCCAAGCUUAUUUGUUUAUUUUUUUUAAGUCAUUAAGUUCAUGAUUGACACGAUGUUCAAUGAUGUUCUGAAUCACUAUCACACUAUAGGAGGCCAGGGCUCUAGGCUUAUGUACCAAGUACUUUGGUUCAACCAAUUCAUUUACCCUUGUUAUAGCCCUAGUUAUUUUUUUCCAAUAACUACUUUUCUAAAAUUAACCUGUCUAACUCUUGUCUUACUGCUUAUAUGGGAACUGAUGCUUUGGUAAAAACUAACUGUAUCGCCCAGAAAUACUCCGAAAAACUGGUAUCGUAAUUACUCGUCAAAAUGGUGACCUCCACUUUUUAAUUUACUGAGGGUAUCGUUGGUUUGCCUUUUAUAGUACCGUAGAUUUUUAGCAAAAUAAUAUUAAUAAUAAAUUCUACAUCCGCCAAUCAGUUACAGCUGACAUCUUGCUUGUUCUAUUGAGAAUUAAUUUGUUGGUUUUUUUUCAAGGUUAAAGCUUUGAAAAUUGAACUUGAAAAUAGGUGAACUUCACUGAUCAAUAACUUUUUUUAUAAAAAGCGCUGAUUUAUCUUUAAAAAAGGCUGAUAAGAUCAUGUAUAACAUAGCCAAAUUUCAAAAUUUCAUGAGUGUAGACCACAGGCAGGCUUCAAAAAGGAAAGUUUAAGAAGUCACUUUUUAUUUUAGGCUAUGUAAUUAAAGUAACUUGUCAUCAUGGCCACUGUGCGUGACUGCAUAUUACCAAUUAUCAAUAGCGUUCAUGGGGUACUUAAUAAUUCAUUAAAUUGGUUAUCCAGAAUAUAAAUGGGAAAUGUAACCAAUAAUAAAUCAUUUUAUAUGAAUAAAAAAUGUUUUAAAACAUAAAUAAUUAUUGUUGGCUUAUGAAAUAUCAGUUGUUUUAAUUUUGGAGUUGGUUGCCGCUGACAUGGGAUUGAUUGAUAAGAAAUAGUCUUUGACUUAGACUUAGAUAGGCUUAGUAAAUGUAUUGUAAUAGUAAUGAUGCUAUUAUAAAUGAUUGUGGGAGAGGGUUAAAUAGCUUUUAUUACAACUAAUAUAUUUAUAUUAGAUUAUAUACAUAUAUAUAUCUAAUGCCUAUAGCACGUGUUUGUUGGCUACAGUUACACACAGUAAUGACAAAAAUCUUAAAUUUGAAUAAAAGGAUUUUUGUUUUUAAAGAUUCAAAAUAAUAAAAACCUAAAAUAAAAAACGUACAGUUUCAUUGUAUACACUUUUACACACUUUAUAACAGGUUCCACUAAAAUCAAAAAGAUUUCAGAAAAAUUCAAAAUCCUUUUUCACAUGGCACCAGCAAAUAGCCUCGUUUUGAGAUAUUAUAGUUAAAUUAGCCUCAUUUUGUAAUAUUAUAAUUGACAAUGCCAUGAAAUAUUAAUUUAAAAAUUCAUCAAUCAUAAACAUUCUAUUAUCUUAUUAAUAUUAAAAAGAAGAAUAGUUAAUUCUAGCAAAAAUCCACAACUAAACAUUGAAGAGUCAACACAUCCACAGAAACUGAGGGGACUUGUAAAGCGUAAGUUGACCCUAAAUUUGUGUCAUCAAUUUUGGUCAUUGCAGAGAGAUAUGAAUUUUUUGUUUUAUAAUAUGUUGUUGGCCAUUUAUGUUGUUUAGAACAUAUAAUGCUAGUAGAAAGGAUCCUAAAAUUUAGGCCUUUUCCCUUAUUUUAAACAUUAUUUUUACCCUAUUUUUAGCAGUGAAAAGGGCUGUCGGAAAUUGGAAAAUCACCAGCACAGGUACCUGUUAAGCCAUAGAGCUAAUGCCUUGGUACCUAACGAAGCAGAAAAGUAUUUAGGAAAUAUACAGAGUCAUUAAGUUUAAUGAACAUCACCUGCCGGUAUUAUUGCCUAUUGAUGUAAUAGCAUUGAUUUUUUAAGCCUGUUUCAGAUAUAAACGCAACUAAUACAACAUCACUAUUCUACAUUAAUUUCAAUAAAUUCUACAUUAGCAAGUUUAGAUCAGGAAACAAUUGAACAGAUAUAUGUAGAUCAUGUGGUGGCCAGUGACCUUAAUGACACUCAACAUUUACCUAAACACGUAUAUGCUUCGUCAGGCUCCAUGGGAUUGAUGGGUACCAGGGCUGAUGAUUUUCCAAUCUUUUACAGCAUUACUUAAAGGUCAAAGAAUUUCACAUUUACCCAAAAUGCAUUGACAAAUUGAAUUAAGAUUAUUACUUAUGCAUAUUAGAGUUGAUACUGCUUGAUUAGCAUUCUAAUCCUUAUCAAUGUUUUCUUCAAUUUUCACUAAUGUUAAUUUAGAAAUAAUUAUCUGCACAUUCAUUUUAGUAAUGGUUUUAUUUUUUUUUUACACGUAAUGCAUAACCUUAGAAUUUAAACAAUUAAAUUAGCAUGAUCUGUGAUCCACUUACUAAUAUGCUCUUAGACUUCACAUAACAGUGGAUGGUCUUCUUAAUACUAGGGAUACUAAUUUGCUGUCACAAAAAUAUUAUCUUUAAUGACAAAGCUAUGACUGAUUUAUUUAUUUUUUAAAACUAAACCCUGUUUUUCUUUUAAAGUAAAGAUAAAUUUUCUACUAUCUAGCCUAUUCCUUAUUCGUUCUUUAUUUUUUUCUGUAAUCAUGAAAUUAAUCAUUGCUUCAUAAAAAAUUUAUUUUUAUCAUUUUCACAUCCUUUUUUAAUCUACAGUUUUAUGAUACGUUAAGUUGAAGAUUCAAAUCCAAUAUUACAUGUAAAACAAACACGUUUUUAAUAAAUAUAAGUCAACUCCUUUAUGCAAAGUUGACAUUGAAUGCCUUUUUGAGUGAGCCCGGGAUCAUGACCCUAGUUAUGGGUGAAUGUAGGAAGUGCUUGUUUGUCAAGGCAGCUAAUCAUGUAAGCCGUCGGUACUAAGCCUUAAUUCUGAAGUCAUAAAAUAUCAGCCAACUGACAUGGACUUAAAAUAUCUCAUGCCUACAUAAAAAUAGGUGUAAUCUUAGCAUUAAAUUUACAGAUGUCGGAACAAUUCCAAAACAAAAGCAAAUAAAAAUAUCUCCAAAAUCCUCUUUCUUCUUUUUUAAAUUUAACUUUUAAUAUUUAAAUGUAGACAUUGGCUAAAUGUUUUCCUAGAAGUUAAAGGUCAUGAUGUUUGACAUGUUUCUUAGCUGAUUGUUUUUUAAUUGAAUUAAAAUUAUGAAAAUUUUUUUUAUUUUCCCUCAGGCUCAACGGAUACUGUUGAUUAUGGUAGUAGUAACAAUUUCACCCAGCUAAGAGAACAGGAGUUCACACAGCUCAGGGAAAAGACAUUUAUUGAGACCGAGCUUGAGGAGGAAGGCAGCACAAGGAAAUCCUUACUCAUUCUUGCAUUGAUAUUUCUCAGUGCAUUAGUUGUGCUGGGGGUGGUUUAUACCAGCUUUCCGCGGUUGGAAGCGUGAGUAUUGUGAAACACUGACCUGAGGGGCCAACUUGGUGCAGUUGUAGUUGUACGAGGGUAGCAUUUAACUCAUUUUAGCUGUAGGAAGAUUUAUUUUAAUCUAGUUUUGACUGCAUCGGUGGGCCCUUAAUCUGGUCAGAGAAAGAUCUGGAAGGCAGCAUGUCAUCCUCAUUUUUAUUUAAGUGUUGUGUCGUGGUAAGUACAGUACUGAAUUAAAUUGAAAUACUCUUUCAUCUUGAGAAGUGGCAGAUUUUUCUUUGUACUUUUUCAAAAUUAGAAUAUUUCUGAUUUAAAUUAAAGUAAAAAACUGUUACAAUUAACUAGAAAAUAUGUACAUCAUUAUUUAUUUAUAUUAAAAGUUGUUUUCUUAUCUUAAAAAGCUUCCACUUCCACACAAAAUAUUUUGAGCACAUCAUUUUUUAUUUAAAAGUUUAAAACAUUACUACUCAAAGUAAAUAAUGGAUAAAUCCAUUGAAAAAUUUUUGUGUACAUUUAAAAUGAAAAUUCUUUGCAAUUUUAUUAAGAUAUAAUUCAACUUUACCCUCUAGUUUUUCUGAAUCUGAAAUUUAACAGUACAAUUUCUGUUGCUUUAUUGAUCUGAACAUAUUUCUCAAGCUCUUGGAAAGGGUUUGUUUUUAAAUAUAUCUUUUUCAAUCCUGGCCCACAUAACUUGGAGGAAACUAAGACAAAAUCUCCCUAAAUUCUGCUUAGUAAAAAAUUUCUUUUUAAAAAAUAGUUUAUCUAUUUAAGUAACUGAUUUUAACUAUAUUUGAUCGGCAUUCAAUAUUUUCAAUUUCCUGUAAGAAAUUAAAAGAUAAAUUAAAAUUGCUACUGCUAUAAAUAAUAAAUGAUUUAAGAUUCCAGGAUAGUGUCCUCUUCCUAAAGAGGAUUUGAAGAUUGACCUAUUCUUGAUACUAAUGUCAUUUUGUUUGGCUUUUGUUUGUUUGUUUGUUUCAGAGAUGAAGUUCAAUAUAUUAAACUUCCCAGAAAUAUAGAAGAUGCCAAAAACUUGGGGAAUGUUUUGCAUCACUACAAAGAAAAAUAUUAUUAUCAAGUGUUACUUGGAUAUUUUGUUGUCUUUAUAUUGUAUCCUUUCAAUGAUGCCAUUAAGUAAUUAAGGCCUUUCGCUUUUAUAUUUAUAUGUACGGUUAAGAGAAUAACUCGGUCGUCUAUGGUGUUAUUAGUGUGAUUUUUACUUUUUCCAGUCAAAUUUUCUUGACAUUUAUUAGUUUUUUAAUCACACAUUAACAGCUAUUUACAAUUGUCUUUUCUUUAAAAAUAAAUUUUAAAAAAAUGCAUUUAAGAACUAUUUCACCUUAACAGAUGUCCAGUUUACAAACUUUUGCUAUACCUGGCUCCAUAUUCCUUAGCAUCAUAUCCGGCUUCUUGUAUCCAUUUGUAUUAGCAUUACCAUUAGUGUGUUUGGUAAGUCCAUUGUCUAGCAUUGAAAAGACAGAUGUUGUUUAUUAUUAUUGUUGUCAAUAGAACCAGUCUUUUUUUUUUUCAUGUUGUAAUAUAGUUUUAACAAGUUUUAAUUGAACAUUUUUAAGAAUAUUUUUUAUGUGAGGAAAGCUCAUAAUUAUAUCCCAAGUGACUAAAUGUCUAUAUAUAUGGAAAAAAAUGUUUUUUUCUUUUUCAUUUACAGUGUUCUGCAAUAGGUGCUUCAUUCUGUUACCUUCUUUCAUACAUGGUGGGUAGAAGAAUUGUACACAAAUAUUUUCCUCAGAGAGCUGCUGAUUGGAAAAAGCAUGUAAGUGAGGUCUUUUCUAGUACUUGCUGUCUGUCUAUAGAUUAUCAACUACUUCAGCACAGUGAUUGUUACUUGUGAAGUUUUUUUUAAAGAUAUUAUAAGUUAUUAUAGUAAAUUGAUUUUUAUUUUAUUUUUAUAGAGUUCAUGUGUUUUUAUUGGUAGAUUUAAAAAACCUUUGGUUUAGAGAAUUUGUUGUAUCUGUACUACUUUAAGCCAUGGUCAAAAGUCUUUAGUGGAAUAAAUAGGUACCUGCCUAAAACAAACAAAAUAAAUAUGUUACCGGUAAUAGUUGUAUUUUAUGGGCCAUUCAAACAAGUGGAUUGAAUUAGAAGGAAAAUUCUUGUGUUGUCAGCCAGCCCCAGAGAACUGCAUAAAUGAAUUGAUAAAUGUCUGAUUUCAGGUGGACAAUCACAGAGCGCACCUACUGAACUACAUGCUGUUUCUUAGAAUAACACCUUUCCUGCCCAACUGGUUCAUUAAUAUAACAUCACCUGUCAUCAAUGUCCCACUCUGGACCUUUUUCAUUGGAACAACUCUAGGUUUGUGUGCUUGUGGCGUAUUACUGUGGGUUUUUAUAUGGAGCCCGGCCCUGAGGCUCGUGUGAAUGGCAUUAAGCUGACAGAUAUACUGGUCAUACUUGUUGACCUACUGAAGUUCUUAUUUACCAGUAUUAGUCUAGCCCACACAUGAUUGAGAGAAUUAUUUAUGUGAUGAAAUGUCUUGCAUUUUAUUCCUUAUACAUGUGUCUCUACACUGGACACUGGAAUUGCUUUUUGAAAUUAAUUGAUGAAAAACAGGAAUGGAGAAGGGUAGUUUUCAUGUCAUCUGUAGGGCCCCAAUGUUCCAAGGACUAAGGGACAUGAUGAUGAAUGAAUACUGCAUAGCCAAUAAAUUAUUGAUUGCCACCAGCUGUAGCAAAGCUGACAAUAUAUCACUGAUGCUACCAGCUGUAAAUAAACUGACAACAUAUCAUUGAUUUCCACCGGCUAAUUGCUCCUGUGUAGCAAAACUGGCAACAUAUCAUUGAUUGCCACCGGCUGUAGCAACGCUGACAAUAUAUCACUGAUUGCCCAUGACUUUAUUUAAGCUGACAAUCAUAUACCAAUCCGAUAAUUAAUUUUACUCUUACAAAUAUCUAUAUGUCUAUCUAGCAGCUUUCUUGCGUGCCGUACACAUAAAUGCUUUUAAUUCUUCCCCUAGGUGUUGCACCGCCCUCAUUUGUAUUCAUCCAAGCAGGGACCACACUUCACCAACUGUCAUCUACCAGUGAAGCCAUGUCAUGGGGAAAUAUAGGUCUACUAGCAGUUUUUGCACUGGUGGCCCUGUUGCCAGUUUUACUGAAAAGUAAACUGAGGGCCAAGUUGGAAUGAUCUCACUUAGUUCAUUAACACAAAGGUCAUUCCAGAGGGGGAUUCCCACAAGAGCAAGUUUCAAAUUAAAUUAUCAUUUUUUUAAUUUUUUUUUUAAAAACAGAAAAUAUUUGCUCAUUUUUAUCAAACCUAAACGGACCACUGGCAUUUAAAAGGAAGAGCUUUCAUGAGAAUGUCAAUGUAGAAAUAGUGAUGGGCUAAGUCAUUCCUUACGGCUGUGUGACUUUUGUACUUAAUCCAGUAUUCUUGAACAAAGGGAGGUACCUCUGUUUUUCCAAUUGAUAUUAGUAAAAUAUUUUUUUAGCUACUAAACAUUAAUUAAUUUUAACAAAUUAAGGAUAAAAGCAUCCAGAAAAGAACACAACUUCAACAGCCUAAAAAUUGCUUUUUGCCUCUACAGACGACGUGAGCUAAAUGUAAAACGCACAUAGAUCAUAACUGGAACAAGAUAAAAAAAAACGUCCAGUUUUAUUUAUUGAAAUGAACCUUUUCCGGGAAGUAUCAGGGGACAUUUGAUUUCAUUGCUAUUUUUAAGUAACAGUGAGAGAGGAUGCACCAGGAUGCAUUCCAUUGCAUCCUCCUCGAUCGUGCCCAUUUAGUCCCAACAGUAGGGGAAUGAGUUUACUGGAGUUGAAGUACAAUUGUCUUGAUUUUAUAAGCAUUUGAAAAGAUUAACAGCCUCUAAAUUGGAUUGAUGCUAUUUGAGGGGACUGGUGCUAAAUGAAGAGACUGGUGUUAUUUGUGGGGACUGAUGUAGAGUAGCCAAAUUAUUCAGGUGAUCAAGAAAUUAAAAGAAAAUGAUGGCAUCUUAACUCAUAUUUCUCUCCCGCCGCCCAAUGCUUUCCAUUGCCUAAACAAGUGGGAUUCCCACAGAUUUUCGGCAUAAAUUUUAGCAAUAGUACAUAAAUUGAACAAACCAAAGGUCCAGAAAAUUUUGAAUAUCUGUAAUUAUUAAUUCUAAAAUGUGACCAUAAAAGUGGAGUGCAGUAGCGAAACUCAUUUUUAUCACAAUGUGGCUCUUGUGUAUAAAUGAAAGGAAAUAAAAGUUUCUGGAAACCUUGGGAUUUCUAGUGCAUAGAAUCUCACCAACGUGAGGUUAUAUGUCUUAAAGUCUAGAGGAUUUAAAGUGUAGCUGUCACCUAGUACCGGUAAUCACAAAGUAGGACACUUCUGCUAGUAACAGUUAGCUUUUAAAAGGCAUCAAUCCCCCUUGUGUGCUUUAGUUUACCUCACUACUUGUCAGUGUUUCCAGAAAUUGGCAUGCGAAACCAAAUUGUACGAAGGGAUUGUUCAAGUGGAAAUAAUGGGGGGAAAAAACAACAAAAUUUUCCCCAUCUUUCAAUGGAAAACUUUUUUUUUUUUUUUUUUUGGUAAUUUCUGAAUAAAUUUUACUUCAAAACAAGGUUUCGUUGAAACUAACUUUCGUUUGAACAACAUUUAUUCAUACUAAUUUCCGGUAACCUGUGUCGGGUAGGUAGGUUAGUUACUAAUGAAAAGACAAUCAGGUCAUGUAUGGAAGAAAUUCUGGUAGCAUUGUACAUAACAACAAACAUCAAGAGUGAUAAGCAAAAAUGACCUUGUAUUACUACAUGUAUCAUGCACUAACUUUUAAAAAUUUAAUUCUCAGAAUAAUUGUCACCCGAACUUUUUAUUUAAUGUUUGAAGCUUUUUUUAAAAUUAUAUGUCAUUGUAAUAUUUGCUGUAUUAAUGAAUUAAUUUAAAUGUUUUACGAACAAUUGCCAGACAUUUAAAAAAACAUUUUUUUAAAAAUUAAUAAUCAUUCUCAUGAAAUAAAAAGAUGACGAGGAAGUUGAGAUCUGUGGAAUUUCCUUCGAUGGGGUUCCUGGGGAUUUGUAGGUGGUUUCUUAGACUUGAGAGGGGUUCCUAAUGCUAUGCUGCACCAGGGUGGUGAUGUGGGCCUGGUUGAACUUUCUCUUCCUCUAGAUCUGGUUUCCCUCCGUUUGAGUAGAUAAUGAACAAUCAUGUGUACUGUGUAACCGGCUGCAGAAUCUGUUUAUUUAUUUUAGUCAGACGCCCAUAUCAUCUGUAGAGCUUUUAACUUAGAGCGAUGUGUAAUGUAAGUAUUAUUAGAUGUGUUUUUAAUGUGGAUGUCAAGAGUUGUUGACUAACUAGCACUCCAGCAGCUUGGGCAGACCUGUGAACAGUGGAAACGUUUUCAUAGCAUUUUGGUUUGAGAAAUAAAAAGUAUUGGCUUGAUUGCAUAAAGAAUAUCGAGUCAACCCUCACGAACGUAUUGGCCACAAUAAAUGAUUUCCUAUCAAACUAGAAAGUUGAGUAGUAGUAUUAUUACUAUUUACAAAGGUAUUGUCACAUCAUAUUGAGUUAUUUCAAGAUUUUAACUUUCGUCAGUUGCCAUUUCAAUGUUUCCAAGGCUUCAGAACAACAACAAAAAAAUUGAGCUUUACCAUCAAUACCAAAUGCUUACACUAAUUAUCAAUAUCUGUGGUUCAGAUCUGACAUCUUAGCCUCAGUGGGGGCUGUUAAUCUAUCUAAAGUUGUUGAAUCCUCAAUCUAUCCUUGUGUGAGUGUUAAAAAGAUGGCUGCAUGACAACCCCUUUAACAAAACGGCACUGGCAGUUAUUAAAAAAUUUAAUUGCCCAACUUUUCAUUUUUAAAAUAAAAAAGUCAAUGCCAGUACUUUAGUGGGCGUAGCCAAGCUCAUGCAUGGAAAUGAAUUCUUCUAACUCUAGUCACUCUGCGUAUAUGUUUUUGAUGUAAAGAGCUGCUGUAGAAUGGUGCCCUCUCUUUAGGUUGUUCUAAUAGUGGUGAAGGUUGUGAUUAUACAUGGUGUUGUUGUUGUGUAAAGUCAUGUAUUACUGUGUCUUCAUUGAUUCUGGUGCUUUUGUAAAAUCAGGGGUGAUAACCCACCAGUGGACCCUGCACACAUUGUUACAAGACAGACAUAUUGGACUCACUGGUUUUGUGUAGCUUUCAGCUCAUUCAGUUGAGGGUCUAUGUUACAAGACAUAUUGGACUCACUGGUUUUGUGUAGCUUUCAGCUCAUUCAAUUGAGGGUCUAUGUUACAAGACAUAUUGGACUCACUGGUUUUGUGUAGCUUUCAGCUCAUUCAAUUGAGGGUCUAUGUUACAAGUCAUAUUGGACUCACUGGUUUUGUGUAGCUUUCAGCGCAUUCAAUUGAGGGUCUUUACUACUGAAAGGGAUUUAAAUAUUUUAUUCAUCAUUUUAUUAAAAUACAUUUGACCAAUAAUUUCCUAAAUUUUCUAUGAACACUAUGACCACUCUGUGUGCAUGUAACUGUAACCAUCGACCUGUCACUAGUUGGUCCACUGAUUUUGUUACAUGGAAUGAGCAGCUCUGAUAUAACUCCACUCAUUAAUCAGCACAUCAACCAAAUGUAAAACAUGUUAUAUAUUUUAAGAUUUUAACCGUAAUAUAUUCUAGUUCUUCAAUACCAGCAUUUGAUGUUUUCUCUUAACCAGAACAACUUAAGACUGUCACUGAACACAUAGAAAAUGUAUUCCUUUAGAAGACGCCUUAAACAAAAUGCGAAGUGUUCUUAGAUUAACUAUUUAUUUCUUACACGUUGAUUGAACUUUUAAAUUUGUACACCUUCGGUGAUGAGCACUGUCCUCUAUGCAAUAAUAAUGUGAUGACCAUAUGUUGUGUUUGUAGGUACUUUGUUAGUUAGUUCUAGGUUGAAUGUCGUUAGAUCAGCCCAAAAUGCCUGUUCAUUUAAUGAGGCAGGGUGGCAUCUGAAACUGGUGCCGCAAUAGUUUUAAAUUAAGUCAAAAACUGUUACAGGUAACUUUGGGUGGGAGG